AUGGUUGCAAAGCCAGAAGAUAAGGCUAUGCACCAGCUGCAGGGCCAGCAAUCCGAGCUACUUGAUAAGAUUGAUGAACUUCGGAGCAUUGGAGUUGGAGGCCUCGUGGAGCUUCCUCAACUCAUUGUCUGCGGUAGCCAGUCCAGCGGAAAGAGCUCCGUUCUUGAGGCCAUCUCCAGAGUACGCUUUCCAACCAAGGGUACCAUCUGUACGCGGUUUGCGACCGAAGUCAUUCUCCGUCGGAAGCCACAAGCGAAAGUAAAAGUUUCAAUCGAGCCAGGAGACUCGAGAACAGAUGAACGAGAGCGGGAGAGGCUCCGAAGUUUUACUUCGGAGGCCUUCUCGAGCGACAAUGAUCUCAAAAAUCUGAUCAAUCAAGCCAGGGAUUUCAUGGGAAUCAGCGACAACGUCGAUCAGCAUGCCGGAUUCAGCGACGACGUGCUAAAGAUUGAGAUCUCCGGGCCAGACAAGCCGGAACUUAGUCUUGUGGAUCUACCUGGUCUCUAUACCUCCGCCAGCAAGGAACAGAGCAAGGAGGGAAUUCCAAUCGUUCGACAGUUAACGGAAAGAUACAUGGCCAAAAGCCGCAGUAUUAUUCUUGCAGUCAUCAGCGCUAAGGUGGAUUACCACAUCCAAGAGGUCCUGGACAUCGCGAAGGACCAUGAUCCACACUACGAAAGAGUCCUUGCUAUCGUCACUCAUUCCGACAAACUUGACGAGGGAUCAGAUGAGGAAGAGCGAUACCUACAAUAUAUCAGAAAUGAAAGUAUCAAACUGAAGUUGGGAUGGCACGCUUUAGUCAACCGCAACCACAAGAUGCGCGACGUCCCCGAUGACGAACGUGAUGAAGAAGAGCGAAAACACUUUGCGAAGGGGCGAUGGGCCUCUCUUCCUCGAGCACACGUGGGAAUUGACCGUCUCCGACACCGCCUGAGCAAAAUUCUACUCAAACAUAUUGCUGGAAACCUGCCGACGUUGAUCAGGGAUAUCGACCAGAAAAUUGAUGACCGGAAACAGAGCCUAGCCAAGCUUGGCACAGCACGACCAACAACAAGGGAUCAACGAGGCUUUUUACUCAACAUUAGUUCCAAUUUUCAGCAAAUUACCGCUGAAGCGGUGAAUGGCUUCUACAACAAGGAAUUCUUCGGUGGCCUGAGCGAUGAGCUCUUGGAGUCUGGAGAUGCUCGACGCCUACGUGCCGUCAUCCGCGAACUAAAUGAGUAUUUCGCGGAUGCGAUGUCCGUGCAUGGAUUCCGCCGACAGCUCCCUGAAGAUGUCUGCGAGGUACCACAGCCACUAUCUGACUUUGAAAAUCCUAAAUUCCAAUCCUACUUGAACCAGUGGAUACCAGAAAAGGUCACUGAAAAGGAUAUCAUGAACCAAAUGAUAAGACAAGCUUUGAACAACCGUGGCAUUGAAUUCCCUGGAAACGCAAACCAGUUGCUCAUCGGGGAGCUCUUUCGAGAUCAGGCAAGACCGUGGAGAGAUAUCGCCCAGUAUCAUCUGAGUCAAGCCUGGGGAUCGGUCAACGAAUUUGUUCAGCUGGCUUUUGAAUAUCUUGCCGAUGAUAGUACCAAGAAGGCACUUUUGGCCGAUAUUAUCAAUCCAAGAUUGGACAUGUUAAGAAAUUCUUUGGAUGAUAAGCUAGACGAAUUACUUUCCUAUACAACAAGCGGUCAUCCUCUGCCCAUUGGAAGAAGUUUUCUUCAGAGAAUUCAGUCAUGUCGAACAAACCGUCAAUUGCAAAGCUUGAGAAACAACCUAAUCUUGAACAGCAAAAACCCCGAGAGAUCAACAAGUGAAGAAUGGCAAACCAAAUUUACUCUCCGUGACCUGAAAAAUGCUGCUACUCAAGCUCAGAGCUCCGACGGUCAGUUUGCAGUUGCCGACAUUGUGGUUCAGAUGCAGUCAUACUAUGAAACUGCUAUUGUGAUCUUCAUUGACAAUGUCGCAAUUCUGGCUAUCGAGAAUUGCUUACUUCGUCCGUUGGAACACAUCUUCUCCAACCAGGUCAUCAACAAGAUGGACGACGAAGAAAUUGAGAGGCUUGCCGGAGAAUCCCAAGAAGUUAAAGAAGAGCGAGAACGAUUGAGUCGAGAAUUGAAGAAGCUGGAAGCUGGCAUGCGAACCCUCAGUACUUUCAAUGUUGAUAGGCCGUCCUCGAACCGACCGUCCCCCCUUGAUGCUCAUUUGACUUCGCCGUCUCGAAGCCCAGCUCCCUCCCGCAAAAGGAGCAGCGCUCAUCACAGGGGCAACCCGCCUGCUAUCCAAAUCAACGGAAGUACGAACGGGAUAAAUCAUCGGGGAGGCCUUGAGAGUGGAGAGGUUUAUUGA